GAUUGGAUAGCGCUCGGCGUGGUGGGCGUGGCCUCGGAGCGGGGACGAGGAGGAGGCCAAACAAAGAUGGCGGCGCCUGAGGCGAGCGGCCUAGUCGUUUCGGCGGAGGCCUCUCGCACCACCGGGUGAAGAGAAACAGAGAGAGAAGAGAUGUCGGGGCCGGACGAACGCGAGGCUGGAGCUGGAGGAGGAGGAGGCGUGGGGGCCGGGGCUGCCGUGGCGGCGCUGGGGGAGGCCGCGGGCCCUGUCCCGGGCGGCGCUGACGAAGCGGGUCCUCCUCUCGGGCCUGGAGUGGCCGCGGGAGGCGGCGGGGGAGGCCGGCAAGCGGAGCCGGGGGCAGAGCGGGACUCGGACGCGCCGCCCAAGAAGCGCCUCAAGCUCCCCGGAGGCGCCGAAGGAGGAGGUGGAGGCGGCGGGGGAGUGAAGCUGGAGGAGCGGCUCUACUCCGUGCUCUGCUGCACCGUCUGCCUCGACCUGCCCAAGGCCUCCGUCUACCAGUGUACCAAUGGCCACUUGAUGUGUGCUGGGUGCUUCAUCCACCUCCUGGCAGAUGCCCGGCUGAAAGAGGAACAGGCCACGUGCCCCAAUUGUCGGUGUGAGAUCAGCAAGAGCCUCUGCUGCCGAAAUCUGGCCGUCGAAAAGGCAGUAAGCGAGCUGCCCUCCGAAUGCGGCUUCUGCCUGCGCCAGUUUCCUCGCUCUCUUCUGGAGAGACAUCAGAAAGAAGAAUGCCAGGACAGGGUCACUCGGUGCAAGUACAAGCGGAUUGGGUGCCCGUGGCAGGGGCCUUUCCAUGAGCUCACCGUCCACGAGGCGGAAUGCACACACCCCACCAAGACUGGGAAUGAGCUGAUGGAGAUCCUAGACGAAAUGGACCAAACGCAUAAGAAGGAGAUGCAGCUCUACAACAGCAUCUUUGGCCUGCUCAGCUUUGAGAAAAUCGGCUAUACAGAGGUCCAGUUCCGUCCGUACCGCACCGACGACUUCAUCACCCGCCUCUACUACGAGACGCCGCGGUUCACGGUGCUGAACCAGACCUGGGUCUUGAAGGCUCGGGUGAACGACUCGGAGCGCAACCCCAACCUCUCGUGCAAACGGACCCUCUCUUUCCAGCUUAUUCUCAAGAGCAAGAUCAACUCCCCCAUGGAGUGUUCGUUCCUGCUGCUCAAGGGACCCUACGACGACGUAAAAAUCAACCCCGUGAUCUAUCACUUUGUGUUCACCAACGAAAACAACGAGACUGACUAUGUGCCCCUCCCCAUCAUAGACUCUGUGGAAUGUAACAAAUUGCUGGCAGCCAAGAACAUCAACCUGCGUCUCUUUAUAUUCCAGAUACAGAAGUAAAGUGUAAGCUAAAAGCUUGGGCUUUUCCAGGUGUGACAGAGUGAGCGUGAGAGAAAGAGAGAGAGAGAGAGAGAGAGAGAAAGAAUGCACCACUGAACCAGAGUUACCUCGUAUGGCUGCCUCGGCCCCUUUAUGAUCCCACAAUUAUUUGGUUAUUUUAAACGAAUCUUUUGCAUGUGUGGAAUACGGCAAGCUUUUGAACGUGGCUGCUGCCUUCCUCGUCUCUCUCCAUCUCUGCUAAGAACAGGUGGCUGGCUGGGGAGCUGGGCGCAUGCCGGCUACGGGCCAGGCCUGAGAGAGAGCCAGGAGGGGCCGGCCGGCAACCCCCACCUGUCAAUACAUUGUGAAAAGGCUGCCUUUGUGUCAUGGUUGUUUGUGAUCUCCGCAAGAUAUCAGUGUCCAAAGUGGUGGUGGGUCAGGGUCUAUGCUGCCCUCCAGAACCUGGAAGUGGUGGGUUCUGUUUUAUGUUACUGGAAUAAAAAUCAAUGUGGGGGUGUAGGGGUGGGAGGGGACCCCAAGAAGACACCUUCAGGGACCCCAGUCAAGGGGACUUUUGCUUUCUUUUCCUUCUUUUGUGUGGCCAGGCUGCUUCAAGCUGAGCUGAAGGACCACAUUGCAAGGAAGAGCAAGGAGAUCAUCACACUACACUCUUAACACACCAUUACUCCACUUUGUAGAUUAUCGCACUACAUGGUUAAAGAGUUGGUAUCCCACUUCACACCCAAUUGCUGCCUCCUUUUGAAUCCUGGGAGUUUCAGUUUAGGGAGAGACCUUCAAAAUUCUCAUCCAGAGAGGUCCUGGACCUCACUGAACUACAAACCUCAGAAGUCUUCAGGAGGCAGCCACAGGAUUUAAAGUGGGAUGCCAACUCUUUAAAGCAUAAUGCAGUGGUUCCUAACCUUUGGGCCUCCAGAUGUUUUGGACUUCAGCUCCCACCGUUCCUAAUUCCUAAUAAGCUAACUGGGAUUUCUGGAAGUUGAAGUCCAAAACAAUUGGAAGCCCAAAGGUUGAGAAACACUGAUGUAAUGUGAUAAUAACUGCUGUGGCCGCCUCCUGUGGAAUUAUGUUUUUCAUUUUCUGGCUGAAAGUUUUAACUCCCCCCCCCCCCCCGGGAUUCCACAGAAGGCAGCCUUAGCAAUUCAAGUGGCAUAACAGUGCUUUAGGAGUGUAGCGUGAUAAUCUUAAGUCUUGCCAAGGAAAAUGCUUUGCAGUGCAAAUAGAACUGCCUUGGCCUGCUUCUGUUUGUCUGUCAGUUGUCCAAACCACUUCCCUCCCUGGCUUUUCAUAGUCAGGUGAAUUAGCAACUGGCAUAGAGCAAUUGUAUUGAGGGAGCCAGACUUAAAGGAAGGUUUGGGGUGUCAAACUGGGUCCUUUGAGUGUUGGUGGCCCUUGCGGCACUUUCAGUGUGGUCUGAAUUGCACUUCGCAAGGAGAAAUCACUCCAGAUCUAUCUCUCUAUUGUCCCCAGUUGCUGCCCAGUUUGUAUUCUUCUUUCUUGCCCCCCCCCCCCCAAGUGACCCCUGUCUCCCCAAGUUGGCUUGAUCUGACAGACUAGUUAAAAACAAGUAGGACUGAUCCAAAUAAGUGAAUGAUUCUCGGAAUGCAGGGUGAUUUAUUCUGUCUUGUUUUUGGGGAACUUUCCCAAUCCCUUUUUUUUUUGUUUUAUUUCCUUGUGCAAGUGAGUUUAACAGGCUCUUCUAAGUAAUUAUGCAAUUUUACAAUGUGAUUUUAUGUAUGUAAAAAAGAAAAAAAUAAUAAAUAGAGCAAGUUUAUGGAUGAGGAUAGCGAAGGGGCCGUUCACCAAAUGUUCAACAAGAUCUACAGGGAUAUUUUGCGCAAUGCUCUUAAAAGGUUAUUUUAAAGAAGUGGGGGAGCUGGCGGGGUGGCAGAGACUUAUUAUGUAUCAUGAGGAACUCAUACGUUAAUAAUACUGUGCAUUCAAGGUUAUUUUCUUCCCUCUCGUUAAGCCUCCCCGCCCCACCCCAUGUUGGGCUUUUUUGUUUGUUUGUUUGAAUGAGGCCUACGUUAGGUGGCAAUUUACACUUUAUAUAAACUAAUUGGAUCAGGUAUAAUGUGGAAAUCCAUUGCAGGUGCUUUCUUUUCCGGGACCCGUGCUGUUAAGGGGUAACAAAACAAUAGUAUCCUCCAGCUUUCAUGUUUCCCCCUCCUUCUCCUGUCAACCUCCUAAUCCUAGAAGAGGCAGGCAACAAGCAUUUAAAAGCCUAUUUAUUUAGAAAGGUGAGGAGUGAGUCUGGGGUCGUCUUCAGGGUCAACAGUCCUUUCACCAUGCCAUGCUAGGCCCAUCUUUUGUGCAUCAUGUUACGUUCCCUGCCUCAGGAAGGGCACGGAAACCAGCAGAAAAAGAGGUCAGUUUGGCAGGUUACAAGAUUCUCAAGCCUUUCGGCACGAGAGCAAUGUCCUGGCAUAUAUUCCUGGGCAGUUUCUGCUUUUGCAGAAGUCUUUGAGUCACUCUCCUUCAGCCGUUCCAGUUGGCUUGGUCUCAGAAUGGGAUGAUAUAUCUCUGUGAGUGGGAUGUGUGUCUAUCUUGCAACAAGGAGCAUGGGUUGUACCCUUCGAAAGAAAAAUUUGGCCAAAAUGCAUGUUUCACUUCCAGUCAGUAUUGGUUGCAGUUGACUGUUUAAGCAGUGGUUCUCAACUUGGGGUCCCCAGAUGUUUUUGGCCUUCAACUCCCAGAAAUCCUAACAGCUGGUAAACUGGCUGGGAUUUCUGGGAGUUGUAGGCAAAAAACAUCUGGGGACCCCCCCAGGUUGAGAACCACUGGUUUAAGGCAUAUUACCAGCCCAGGGUGGCCAAAAGCACAAGAUGCUGCUCUCUUCAUUAUUCUUGCUCUGAUAUUUUUAAUCUCAGUUACUCUGAAUCAGGAGCUGGCUCUUGGUCUUUGAAGGGUAGGUAGGUCACCUGCUGUUUUCCUUUGAUUGGCAGUUCCUAAGAGUUGGCUUUCUGCAAGAUUGCCCUUAAAGUCACCCUUUCUGGAAGGUGGAACGGUUGCUUGAAAUGGCAUAGUGCACAGAUAACCCUGGGUUCAAUGAAUGCUUACUUGAAACUACCUUUUAUGCAUUCAGUACUGAGCCAUUUUUAAAUGUUACUGAAACCAUGACACGAUCCUUGGGCCGAAAGCAAACAAGACCUGAUGGAGGUCAUGGGAUGCUGUAACACAGGGGAACCAUCCUUCUGAGAUCUAAGGUUGGGGAGGGAGGGAUCAGGGCAGCCUCCCUGAAAUCCUUGCCAGUAUUAGUCCCACACCUCCCCCUUAGAUUGAAGCAGGGGGUCCUUCCCACACCCAUUCAUGUAUUAGUAGGGAUGCAGAAAGAAUCACAAGUAAAUUCCUCUUGACUAAAGAGCCACCAACUUGGCAAUAGUUGCCCAAAAGUUUGAAAAUCUGGAAUAAAACAUAAGUUUGGAGACUAAUUGCCUUGCUUCAGAGCUAUCUUUUCCAUGGAGCGAAAAUGACUAAACAAAAAUGGAGAACUUCUGCAGCUGCUGUCUUCUUGGGAAGGCAAUGAUUGCAAAAGUUCUCCUUAUUUGCUUCUUGGGAAGGCAAUGGGAAAAGUUACUCUUGCAGUGUCGCUAGAAAAAACAGGAGUCCAUCCCAGGGAAGCAAGUACUGCCUUUCCUGUGAUAUCUUCAAUAUGGGAGCCAUAUGUGGGUGUGUUUUCUUUCAGGAGGGAGUUAGAUAUGACAAAAUACCUUUAGGGAGUACUUACUACAGGUCUGAUGUUGCCCAGGAGUAGGCUUUGCCAAGUUAACAGAAGGGUUGUCCUUUGCCUGGCAAGUGCUGCUAACGUGCAAAACUCAUGGCAAGGUGAACGGUUUAUUCUCUUAAGAGAAUCAGGGAAUAUUGAAUCAGGGAGGGG